AUGGUUAAAGUAUUUAACAUUAUUUCUAACAGUAUUAUAAAAGAGUUUAAAAUCGAUCGUUUAGAAGGUGUUUGGUACAUAUAUGCACUUUCACCAAAAAAUGAUUAUUUAGUAACUGUCGGUACAAAUGAUAUGGCAACAGUUUAUUCGCUUGAGGAUGGUUCAAAAAUUUUUGAAAGACUUUUACAUGAUGAUAUUGGUGAUGAUAGUCACUCGAUAUCAUUGGUUUCUUUCAUUGAGAGGAAAAAUCAAAAAAACUUUUCUUUGAAAUUAUUAAUUUGUGGACGUAACGAGUUUAGUGGUCAUUUUUGGGUAUUGGUCUAUGAUAUUCUAAGGCGUAAGAAAUUGAUAAAUAAUGUACAGGGUCUUUUACCACCCUGGCCAAUAAGUUUUCAUAAUACAACAGCUUUAUUCUUACGUUGCGAUGAAAGUCAUAUACCACGCGUUCAUGAUAUAGAUGAUAUAUUAAAAAGCGCACCAAAAAGAAGAGCAACCUUACCAAUUAAUAGAGAUUCCUUUAAUAGAAUGCAAACAUAUUAUCCAAUAGAACCUGAAUUGAUGGAUAACAAAAUAAUCUAUCAUCACGAAACAAAAAUUCAGCAUCUUAGUCUAAGUCUUAAUGGCAAAUAUGUUGGAACUUAUAGUGAAGAAGAUGGAAUUAUUUGUAUUUGGGAGAUUAAAUCAGACCCUUCAUUGAAUUUGAUCGAUUCUUGGAAAACUAGCGAUAGACCGAAGCACGCAUAUUUUACUCGUAAUCAAAGUCAUACUAAACGUAUAUCAAUAGCAGUAUCAAAUGUUGGUGAUUUGGCUUUAAGCUGUUUCGUAAUUUCACAAACGACCGAUUAUUUUAAAAUGAACCCUUUUACUUUGGAUGGAGUAGCUUCUUAUUCAUCCCAAUGUUUACUGCUUAAAGCAGGUCAUCGCCAUCCAUCUUAUAAUCCUUUAUUUC